GCUGCUAUUUGAACAGCUAGCGCCGGCUUUGCGCUACUAGUCGCCGCACGUGCCCACCAAUCAUCAUUUCUUUUCCGAUCUCGACUCCGGUGCAUUCGGAGCCAAAAGUUUCAUUACAUUUUUCAUUUAAGUUCUUUUCGUUUACUCCAUCUGUGAUUUGUUUUUCCUCUUCUCGAGCUCAACUGCUUUCAUAACCGUUUCGCAAAAUGACCAGCAAACCAGCCUACAAAAUCGCCGAUAUUAACUUGGCAGAAUUCGGAAGGAAAGAAAUAACUUUGGCUGAAAAUGAGAUGCCUGGACUUAUGGCUAUUCGUAAAAAAUAUGGACCAAAGAAAAUAUUGAAAGGUGCCAAAAUUGCUGGCUGUCUUCAUAUGACAGUGCAAACUGCAGUGCUUAUUGAAACAUUGGUUGAACUUGGUGCAGAGGUCCAGUGGUCUUCUUGCAACAUAUUCAGUACGCAAGAUCAUGCUGCUGCAGCUAUAGCAAAAACGGGAAUAUCAGUGUAUGCUUGGAAAGGAGAAACUGAUGAAGAAUACGAAUGGUGCAUUGAACAAACUUUGUUAUUUAAAGAUGGAAAGCCAUUUAAUAUAAUUCUUGAUGAUGGAGGAGAUUUGACUAAUAUUGUACAUACCAAAUAUCCUGAAUAUUUGAAAGACUGCAAGGGCAUUUCAGAAGAAACUACAACUGGUGUACAUAAUGCAUACCGUAUGCUUAGGGAAGGAAAACUUAAAGUUCCUGUAAUCAAUGUUAAUGACUCUGUCACAAAAAGCAAAUUUGAUAACUUAUAUGGAUGCAGAGAAUCUCUUAUUGAUGGAAUCAAAAGAGCAACCGACAUCAUGAUUGCUGGUAAAGUCUGUGUAGUUGCUGGAUAUGGUGAUGUUGGCAAAGGAUCUGCUCAAAGCUUAAAAGCGCUUGGAGGUCGUGUAAUAAUAACUGAAAUUGAUCCUAUCAAUGCUCUUCAAGCAGCAAUGGAAGGCUAUGAGGUAACUACUAUGGAUGAAGCUUCUAAAAAAGGUCAAAUUUAUGUUACAACAACUGGAUGUACUGAUAUCAUCACAGGAGAACACUUUAUGAACAUGCCAAAUGAUGCCAUAGUAUGUAACAUUGGUCAUUUUGACUGUGAAAUUCAAGUUAAAUGGUUGGAAACUAAUGCAGUAGAUAAAGUGAACAUUAAACCACAAGUUGAUCGAUAUAAAUUGAGCAAUGGAAGGCAUAUCAUUCUUCUCGCAGAAGGACGUUUAGUUAAUCUUGGCUGUGCUACUGGUCAUCCAAGUUUUGUCAUGAGUAACUCAUUCACAAAUCAAACAUUAGCACAAAUUGAAUUGUGGACAAAUUCUAACUCUUAUCCACUUGGAGUACACAUGUUGCCCAAAAAGUUGGACGAGGAAGUAGCUGCUCUUCAUCUUGAUCACUUGGGCGUUAAAUUAACGAAAUUGACUCCAGCUCAAGCUAAGUACUUGGAUAUACCACCUGAAGGACCAUUUAAACCAGAGCAUUACAGAUAUUGAUAGUACAAUUAUUUUUGUUAUUACGUCGUAUUCAAGAUUUGAAAAAUAUUUAUCAACAUGAUAAAUAUUAUUUUCUCUAGCAUAUACUACCUCGGUUUUCAUAAAUCCCGUACUAAAAAAUACAGCAAUUUUUAAAAAAAU